AUGGAUGGUGACAGUACACGCCGAUUCACAUCGACUGAUCCUCCUACUCGUCAUGCACUCGCAGUAGAGGACCCCCGAAGAUUCCGACCGACGCCGGCUUCCACAAAUACCUCUCCUGUUCCCCAAGAUGCAACGCUCUCCGCUCGCCAUCACCAGAGCUCUUCCCUAUCGGUUCAGCGUUCGGCCCAGCCAACCGGGCAAAAUGUCAGUAUGACUGGCGGUGCUGUCACAGGCCAGUCGGCCCUUCCUCUGAAACCUGUGACAAGCGACAAUGACUCCAUCAUGUCACAAUUCCUCACAUUCUUCGAUGCCUUUGUGUCGUUGUGCAUGAAGCAGAAAGAGAAAGAAGGUCUGCAGGCGAGCAUUGCGAGGCAGUUGAAGGCCGAGGAAAGACUCAAGACGGUGCCGCACCACCCAGCAUACAAAGACCUCGCCCAAUCUAUUCGUGAAGGCGGCAGCGAGAAUUUGAAAAUAAUUGACGCCGGCAUCAAAACGCAAGAAGCAAUAUGCCUAGACAUCCUGCCAAAGGCGAUAGAGAGUAUGAAAAACGCGCUACAUGUUGCGCUGCCUCCUUUGAGCAAUGAUGCGAUCGCAAAGCUCGAGUCUGACAUCGUGAACAAAGUUGAGACUCAGCUCAAAGCGAAAAUUGAGGCUGAGGAGGAAGCCAAGGAAGAUCGCCUUGCGAAGAAGAUCGAGGCUCAGCUCAGAGCGAAGAUCGAGGCUGAGGAGGAUGCCAGGGAAGCUCGCCUUGCGAAGAAGCUUGAGGUUGAGUACGAGAAAACACACGCUAAAUUACUGAAGGAGAUAGAAGAUUCUCAUGCCAAGUCAAUGAAGCAGUUGGAGGCACGGAUUCGAACCUCGCAGCUACCAUCUAUCAAUUUACAAGAAUCGGCUGGAGAAAUGGAAAUGGACCCUGGAAUACAAAAGUCAAACUCAAUGGAAUGGUACAAGCAAAAGUACAGAGACCAUUCACCCCGCCUACAUGAGCUCGAGGUAUGGAAAGCCGAUGAAUUGCCGACACAUCUGGCAACUUUGGCAUCGAAAGAGGACUGCCAAGCAGUCCAGGCAAAAGCUGAAGUGGCGAUUCAAAGCGUCGGGAGUCUCAAGUCUUCUUUGCAGAGCGAAGUGGCGACGGUAAGAUCCGAAACGACGAAAGUGCGCUCCGAAGUUCUCGGGUUGAGGGCAGUCCUUGAGGCUCGCUCAAGCGCGCUUCAAUCGCACGAAAUCGCAGGCUUAGGAAAGAGUUUGACAAGCAACAUUGAGAACCUACGAUUCCAACAUGCGCAGAUACUUCAAAAUCAGAACCAUCGAAUCACUAAGCUGGAAACGAAUGCUGCCACAAUGUCAACGAAUAUGAAUACUUUCGCGGAUAGGCAAAAAUCGCCAGGCGAUCCGUCCGCCCAAAUAGCUCAGACCCUUCGGCAUGAUCUUUCAGCUUUGACGGAAAAGUUCCUUGGUCUCCAAGAGGGCGUGUCAUCCGCGCUAGGCAAACACAGAAAUCAUAUCGAUGCUCGUCUUCAGCAAAAUGAAGUGGCUAUCAAGCAUGCAAAUGACACCGCGGAGACGUUACGAGUUGCUAUACGAUCGUUGGAAACUCGGUACUUGAACAUCACUACGGAGGACUUGUUUAAACACAUCGUUCAGGCCAUGAAAGAGAUGUUCCCGUGGAUGGAAAGCCAGCAUCAGGAAAUCGCGUCCCUAAAAGAGCAGUUGACUUCCCUGACUGAUCAAUUCCUGACCAAGACUGCGUUCAGCAAGGAUAUCGAUGUGCUCAAGGACGACCUUGCUGUGCUCAAGGCAGAUGUUGCUCAAAGGAUCGAUUCGCUCAAGGUCGACAUGGGAGAUGCGUCUCCACAGGCACUGAACGGUCUGGUCAAGGAUGUCCAAGAAAUCUGGACCAAGAUUGAAAAGCUGAACGCGGCUCAGACUGGCCAAACUGUCGACAUCGUCAAGCGAGUCCAAGAGCACGCUGCUCUUUGCAACCAAUUUGAAACACAGUCAGACACCGUACAAGAGCUUGCAGAGAAGGUUUCCGACUUAGCAGAGGUAUUCGAAAGAUAUAAUCACCUAGAGACCACGUAUGAGAGGAUCAAAAAGGACGUGACAGAAUUGCAGAGGCGGACGGAGAAUUCGCAGGGGGGGUUGCCAGGUCUCAAAGGAUUCUGCUCCCCAGAGACCGUCAAUAUGAUCUGCGAGAACUUGAUCACACGGCAUGACAAGGCUACUACAAAACCGAGGUUCGACCAGUUGAUCGAGGUGAUAAGCGACCUUGGCCAGCAAUGGGCCGUUCUAAAGACUCAGGAAUUUGCCAAUCGGCGACUGCAUGAAGAAUCUCACCGGCCCCACACAAGCGGCUCACGCUCCGAGCCAGAGCAUGAGAAUGGAACCGCUGUGUCGCCUCGGUUAUUAAAAAGCUCUCGAGAUUCUCUAGGAGUUUCCCGGGAACCGGCCACACCCCAGGUUCCGAAUAUCGGGUCUUUCGAAGCGCAUGCGGAACCUCGUUCUGUGUCUAAAACCUCUACACCGACUACCACCGGCCCUAGUGAGACAUCAAUGCAAAGCCUAGGCAAAGCACCACAGAAAGAGAGCGACAGUUGUUCCAGGCCCUCUCAGGACGACGCUCUCGGUUCCAGAGUUGCUCCCAGCCCUCUUGCCGUGGAUGUUGCCCGUUGGUCUCCCCCGCCGAAGGGUCUCUCUGGAGCCGAGGCCAUCCCCCAGUCUAUCCUCCAAAAGUCUGAACAAUCUUCCAGAAAACGUCCGCGAGAUCUCCCAUCAUUCACCGGAUGUCUCAAUGGAAACUCGUCUGGUACCGCUUCCCCUGGGAUGAGUGAGGCCUCGCCCGCCCCUUCAUCGUGCUCGGGUCCAUCAAGAAAGAAGAAAAGAAAGAAGGAGAAGCAGCCAUCAAAGCGCAAAGAGGGGGCUAGACCCGAGUAA